AGGAUCCAUAUCAAUGGAUGAGAGAUUAAGAUUCCUGAGUUCUCAGAAGCAAGAAUGCUCGUAGAAGAGGGUCCGGGUUGCAGCCUUGGAGAACCCACUUUGAGAGAGAAGGGCCUUGGUUUGGGUCCAGGGCCUUGGCUGGGACCCAGGACUCCUGGAUUUUGCUUUUACACUUGAAAAGGGAAGAUGACCUCUGCACACACUAUUUCAGGUUCCCAGGAACCUCAGGCUCAUGCCCGUCCCAGUUCGCCCACGCUUGCAAUGGGAUGAGUCUCUGAGUCCAUUGCGGAUUAGCGUGGGCAGCCUUCCGGUGCUGGCGUCCAUGACCAAGGCAGCUGACCCCCGCUUCCGCCUGCGCUGGAAGGCCAUUGUGGCAACCUCUCUAGCUUUGGCCCUCGUGCUACUACUCCUCUGCUUCCAGCGUUCACCCUCAGUAAGCAGGCCAGUGCCUGCCAAUGCCCACAACUGGCAGCUCAGUGGGCUGCCUGGAGAACGGUACAAUGACACGUACCCUCUGUCACCGGCCCAGCGGAUCCCUGAAGGUGUGCGAUAUCGCAUUGGACUCAUUGCCGACUUGGACACGAACUCCAAGGCUCCCAGUGAGCAUACCUGGUUCAGCUACCUCAAGAAGGGUUACCUGACACUGUCGGCCAGUGGGGACCAUGUCUCUGUUGAGUGGGAUGCCAAGGACCAUGUGCUGGAGUCUCACCUCUCUGAGAAGGGGCGUGGCAUGGAGCUGUCUGAACUGGUAGUCUUUAAUGGCAAGCUGUAUGCUGUGGAUGAUCGUACAGGUGUUGUCUACCAAAUUGAUGGCACCAAGGUGGUACCUUGGGUGAUCUUAUCAGAUGGAGAUGGCAGCAUUGGCAAAGGUUUUAAGGCAGAGUGGCUGGCGGUGAAGGAUGAACAUCUGUAUGUGGGCGGCCUCGGCAAAGAUUGGACCACAGCCACAGGGGAUGUGCUUAACCAGAAUCCCGAAUGGGUGAAAGUCAUCGGCUACAAAGGUGAUGUGGCUCAUGAGAACUGGGUGGCCAAUUACAAUGCGCUCAGGGCAGCAGCAGGGAUCAAACCCCCAGGUUACUUGAUCCAUGAGUCUGCCUCCUGGAGCGAGACACUCCAGCGCUGGUUCUUCUUGCCUCGCCGGGCUAGUCAUAGACGUUACAACGAACAGGACGAUGAACGCCGUGGCACCAAUUUACUUCUUAGUGCCACACCAAACUUUGCCGAUAUCACUGUGAGCCAUAUCGGGGACAUCACCCCCACCCAUGGCUUCUCUUCCUUCAAGUUUGUUCCUGGCACCGAUGACCAGAUCAUUGUGGCUCUGAAAUCUGAGGAAGACGCUGGACGGGUGGCUACCUACAUCACAGCCUUCACUCUGGAUGGGCGUUUCCUAUUGCCCGAGACCCGCAUUGGUUCUGUGAAAUAUGAGGGUAUUGAGUUUAUUUAGUUAAGAGGAUGGACAUUUGGAGACAGGACAAGUAGACUAAGGAAGCAGGGGUUUGCCUUGGGCAUCUUCCUCUAAUAGCAGAACGUGAAGUGACAUAGUUUUUCACCUCCAUAAAAGCAACUUACCUACUGCACGUGUGGCCUGACUGUUUCUGUGCUGACCCCUAGUGGUGCGAACUGGGCAGUGCCUCUGCAGUUUCCCUUUCUCAGCUUCAUUGCGCCCUACAAAGGAUUUGUCUAGUUUCCAUCUGUCUCCCCGCUUUACUCAACUAGUCUGGUGGGCAUAUGUGAGGAGAAAUUGGCUUGAUCUUCUCCCUACCACACUCCAUCUCCUUCAACUUUUAUUUACUAUGAUUCACGUGUGCCUUUGCUGGGACGGGGAGAUUUUAGCACCUGAUUCUUCAGCAAGGUGAUUAUCCAGUUAUUGGGAGGGUCUUCCUUCAUCCUCCCCACCCCAUCUCACAGUUGCCUUGAGAAUGAUUGGACAGUUGCUUCUCCACGAUGGGGCUGGGCUUCUUGUUUGGGAACAGGCCCUCUUGCCGGAGGGAGGGGCAUCCCAGCAUAACAGGGGGUUGGUGUGUUUGGAGCUAGAGAGCGUUGGUCUGAGGCAAAGGGGUUUCUGAGGCGCUCCGUCCCAUUUGUAAUAUUGGAACAUGGUAUUCGAGAAUGCUGCAUGUAUGUACCCAAAAUGACACAAGCCAUCUUUUAGAGUCAGUUCAAUGACCCUAAAUACUUCCGAAGAUAUCUAUAGGAACAAUCCAUUCGGUGUUGUUUGGAGUCAUCAGUAGAGGGGUUCUCCAUAAUCAUGGUCGUUUCUUCCCUUCGUAUAUUUUUUUUAAAAAGGGAGGGGUGGGGUAGGAUUCAGGGUCAGAAAGCCAAAAUGCUACAAGAGUAUUGAAGCUAGAAUAAAUGGAAUGAAUUUAUUGGA